AUGCAUAAACCAUACCGACUUUUACUUUGUCUUUUUAUUUGUGUCGGCUUUGCCCCUUCGGUUGUCUUUUGCAAAUUAUCAUUCAACGUGUUCCGUUGGAACACGUGCUUACCAGACGAAUUCAGACUGAAAACGAUUGUGGGGAUUGCGCUACAGGAAUGUAUCGAAGAAUGUGGCAAGAGGCAAAGUUGUGUCUAUACUGGAUAUCUAAGAAAUGUAAAUCUAUGUAAACUGUACAACGGUGUGGAUAUGUCAUCCCUAAUAGAAGAAGGACCAUGCUUAGUAAUAAGAAGAGGAGAUAUUGACAACUCGGUGUUUCCAGAAGACUGUACAUGUGAUGAAAGACAAGUUUGCAACGACGGAAUGUGUAAGUACGAAGAAUGCUCCCAACUUUCAUUCGCAAAUGGUUAUGUUGUCGGCAACAAAAACGAUAUUAGUUCCAGACAUACGGUAUAUUGUGAGUCAGGAUACACAGAGGUUAAUGGACACGGGUUAGUCACAUGUGGAAUGUCUGGAAACUGGAGUUAUUAUCCGUCUUGUAUUUCAACAACUGUAUGUGAUGAUAUGACAAUUGAGAAUGGUGAUUUAACUGGAACAGGGAACGGUGUUGGUGCAGUUAGAACAAUUGUUUGUGGUACAGGAUACGAAGAACAGUUAGGCGAGACCAGUAUACAAUGUGACAGUACUGGAAACUGGAGUUACAUUCCUACAUGCUCUCAAAUAAUAGUAUGUGAUGAUAUGACAAUUGCGAAUGGUGAUUUAGUCGGGUCAGGGAACGGUGUUGGUGCAGUUAGAAUAAUUGUUUGUGGUACAGGUUACGAAGAACAGUUAGGCGAGACCAGUAUACAAUGUGACAAUACUGGAAACUGGAGUUACAUUCCAACAUGCUCUCAAAUAAUAGUGGAGGAUGCCGACAGCAGUGACGACAGCAGUGACAGCGACAGCAGUUAAUUGGAUGACCAGACCAAUCAAUCAUUUUAAAAUGGUUGCCGGAAGUGGAAUUAAAAUAUGGCAUUUUCGGGAUUUGCUACACGACAAAAUUCAAAGACUUUUUUGGGGAUAAACUCUCCUUGCAUUAGUAGAUUUUGAAACGAGCAUUUACGAUUUUAUCUUUCAGUAUAUAAACUUAUCAAAAUAUUUUGUAAAUAGUGUACUGAAUAAUGUAGACAUCUCACAUACAA